AUGGAUUCAAUUCAAGAUUUUAUGGACUCAUGUAACUCUGACAACACUUGCAGCCUCACCAACAGCACCAUCACCACCAACGACACCACCACCAUCCACAACACCACCACCUUAGUUUGCAGCUCUUCUCCUUCUGGUUCUACCACCACCAGCAGCCGCUAUGAGAACCAGAAACGCCGUGACUGGAACACUUUCGGACAGUACCUCAAGAAUCACCGCCCUCCUCUCUCCCUCUCCAGAUGCAGCGGUGCACAUGUUCUUGAAUUUCUCCGCUACUUGGAUCAAUUUGGCAAAACAAAAGUGCACACACCAAUUUGUCCUUUCUAUGGACAUCCAAAUCCUCCAGCACCAUGUCCAUGUCCAUUAAGACAAGCUUGGGGAAGCCUCGAUGCACUGAUAGGUCGUUUAAGAGCAGCUUUUGAAGAAAAUGGAGGAAAACCAGAUACAAAUCCAUUUGGUGCAAGAGCUGUUAGGCUUUAUCUUCGCGAAGUUCGUGAUCUUCAAUCGAAAGCAAGAGGUAUUAGUUACGAGAAGAAGAAACGAAAGCGUCCACCGCAACAACAGCAUCAGCAGCAUCAACAACAUCAGCAUCAACAGCUUCAACAAUUACCAAUGCAAUUGCCUCUUCAUCUUUGUCACCAUCAACAUCAGCUUCCACCUCCAGGUCAAUGA